GUGACCUCCUCUUCUUCCUCCUGGAGAAGCCCACCUACCAUCCUCCAACAAGUUCCGUCUCUGUCCUCCUUCGUCUUCAACCACCCUUGCAGAUUGAAAAUGGAGCGCCUCAGGACCGGCUUCGACAAGUUCAAGACCGAGGUCUACGACAAGAAGCCGGACCUCUUCGGCCCCCUGAAGGCCAACCAGGAACCUACGUACUUGUUGUUCGCGUGUGCCGACUCGCGCGUGUGCCCAUCGGUUACCCUGGGCCUGGAACCCGGCGAGGCCUUCACUGUCCGCAACAUCGGCGCCAUGGUCCCGUGCUACUGCAAGAACAAGCACACCGGCGUUGGAUCGGCCAUCGAAUACGCCGUCUGUGCCCUCAAGGUGAAGGUCAUUGUGGUGAUUGGCCACAGUCGCUGUGGUGGAAUCAAAGCCCUGCUCUCACUCAAGGAUGGCGCGGACGACUCCUUCCACUUUGUUGAGGACUGGGUCAGGAUCGGGUUCUCGGCCAAGAAGAAGGUGAAGGACGAGUGUUGUGACCUGCCUUUCGAGGACCAAUGUGCCGUCUUGGAAAAGGAGGCCGUCAACGUGUCCCUCCAGAACCUGAGCACCUACCCGUUCGUCAAGGAGGGUGUGGCCAACGGAACACUCAAGCUGAUCGGCGGCCACUACGAUUUCGUCUCGGGCAAGUUCGACACAUGGGAGCUGUAAAUCAAUCAUCCCUCCCAUUGCUCAAAUCCCAAUAUAUAUACAUACGUAAGUAUAUCAAAGAUAUAUCGAUCCAUCGAUAUGGAUGCCAUGGAGUACCUACUCGUUAUUUUCCAGUUGUGAAUCCCCAACAGCCUGGUGUCAAUUUUUGUAAUAAGGGAUAGUAUUUUCCGGUAAUGAAUUAUAUUGUACUACUAUGUGAUGCAUAAUUUAAUCGUCAAAUGAUCGAAUACAUCGGAUAUUAUUUUAGUCAUAUUCAUCAUCAAGAGUUUACCUUCUGAUU